UGAUCCUGACAAUUAAUAGCCAACCCAAAUCUUGUAAUGAUCUAUGUGUUUCUCUUCAGCCAUCUUUAUCUCAGAUGUUAGGAGUCUUGAAGGACCUAAUUCAUUUCACAUUCAUAAACGGUCCAUCAUAAAACGGUUAAGUAGAUCACUAUUCCACCCACCAUCUACAACAAGUUAUCAAAGUUGAGAUUCCCUGAGAGCAGAGAUGAAGUUACUAGGUUGGAUGCACCGUAAGUUUCGCCAAAAUAGCAGUGAACAAUUCAAGGAUUUUGCCAUUGGGCAUUCUUGUAAUUGUCUUACCGGGCAGUCAUUACUGGAUGACCAACAAAUCUAUUCAAAGCCAAACUAUGGUACCAAGCCAUUCAGGCCAUCCCAGAGAGACCAUCUUCGAAAGUCAUUUGCUGGUGUAGAAGCAGCACGAGUAGAUGAAGAAGACUAUGAAGAGGAUUCAUCAUCGGCAAUGUCUGAGCUAUUCCAUGGCUUUCUUGCCAUCGGCACCCUUGGUUCAGACCCUAACAUUCCUGAUCCAUCAACACCUACAUUUGCUAUCUCUGUAGAAAAUAUAACUGAAAAAGAAACUGAAGUAACAGAGAAUGAGCUGAAGCUUAUUAAUGAUGAGUUGGAGAAGGUUCUAGGAGCAGAAGCUAAAGAAGAAGGCUACUCAUCUGGAAGAAACAGUUAUGUCAGCACUGGAAGAAGCAGUCAUGUCAGCGCUGGAAGAAGUAGCCAUGGCAGCACAAUUACCCUUAGUGGAAAGCCAAUCGAAGGUUCAGAUACCAAUGGGAAUGGUACUACAGUUUGUCCACUCCAAGGUUAUCUUUUUGGCUCAGCAAUUGAAUUGUCAGAAACAACUACAGUGGCCAAAAAGGAACACAGGACCUCACUUGGGGAGCUGUUUCAGAGGACUAAAAUAACUGAAGAGAAUGUAGGGGGUAAAUAUGACAAGGAGGAAAAGCGAACAGAGAAGGAAGGAGAUAAAUCUGCAGUGCAUAUUAUGAAAAAAAUGCUGAAGAAAAAAAUGCUCAAUGCUUCUAGGAGCUCUACUGCCGCCACUGAAGGAAAUAUUGAUUCUGCUUCAGCAGAAACAAAACUGCACAAGAUCUUGCACAUGUUCCACAGAAAAGUUCAUCCUGAAAGCUCAACAGCCACAUAUAAGCAUGGCAAGCCUCAAAAGAAUGAGAACAAAGAAAACAUCUUCUAUGAUGGAGGUCAUGAGGAUGGAGGUCAUAUGCUUACAGAUGACGACAUAAUGAUAUUUCCUCAAAGAGCCCUCUCAAAGAAAAUGCGGCGCUACAAGAGCCAAUCUAUCCCACCUCAAUUCACACUUAAUUGCAAUGAUUCAAAUGGGAACAGGGAGUGCUGGAUCAAAACAGAUGCAGACUACCUCGUGUUGGAGCUCUAAAGGCAGAAGAAGCUUUCAAGUGUGUGGUUUUCCAAUUAUCAUCCCCGGUUAGUAUGAAUGAACACUGAUGGUGUUUCCUAUGUUUGAUAGAUUCUCUACUAUUUGUAAUUACUAAGUAAGCUGGUGUCUGAGAGUGGCUAUUUUAUAAAAGUGAUUGAAGUAAAUAAAGGAGGUCCACCUCCUAAAACCUACAUGUGAGAGUGCUUAAUGUAAAAUUAUAAGGCAUUAUCGUUUCCUACAAAAACAUAUCACAAUUAGUAUUGGGGUUCAA